UUCCCCUUCAAUGUGUAGAGUGUCUUGCUUUGGAAGACGAUUGUUGUUUUCUGUUUGUCUCCAGAAAAAGAAAUAGGCAAACAUACGCGAUCCUGGUGCUUGCGGGGGUGAAAACACCAUGUCGGUGGCAUUUGCAGCUCCCCGACAACGAGGGAAAGGGGACAUCACACCCGCCUCAAUUCAGAAGUUGUUAGAUGAGAACAAUCAUCUUAUCCAGUGUAUAAUGGAUUUCCAGAGCAAAGGAAAAACAGCAGAAUGCUCUCAGUAUCAACAAGUGUUGCAUCGAAAUUUAGUGUAUCUGGCUACAAUAGCCGACUCCAAUCAAAAUAUGCAAUCACUUCUACCCGCACCUCCAUCUCAGAACAUAUCUAUGGGUCCAGGAGGAAUGACUCAAAGUGCUGCACCUCCACCUCCCCAUGGUCACAAUAUAUCCUCAGAAGGAAUGGUUGGUAGUGGACCACCUGCCUCACAUAUGCAAAACCAGAUGAAUGGACAGAUGCCUGGACCCAAUCAUCUGCCCAUGCAAGGACCAGGGCCAAACCAACCAAAUAUGCCAAACAGCUCCAUGAAUAUUCCACCAAGCAGUCAUGGCUCUAUGGGAGGUUACAGUCAUUCAGUUCCAUCUUCACAGAGCAUGCCUGUCCAGAGCCAGAUGAAUAUUAGUCAAGGACAGCCAAUGGCCAGCUAUGGCCCACGACCAAACAUGAACAUGCAGUCAAAUCAAGGAUCCAUGAUGCACCAGCAGCCACCAUCACAACAAUAUAAUAUGCCACAAGGGGGAGGACAGCAUUAUCAGGCACAACAGAAUCCCAUGGGAAUGAUGGGCCAAGGCAACCAUGUAAUGGGCCAAAGACCAAUGCCUCCAUAUAGGCCACCACAGCAAGGGCCUCCUCAGCAGUAUGCUGGUCAGGAGGAUUAUUAUGGGGAACAAUACAGUCAUGGUGGACAAGGUCCUCCUGAAGGUGUGAAUGCACAGUAUUACCCUGAUGGUCAUAAUGAUUACGGUUAUCAGCAAUCAUCGUAUCCUGAUCAAGGCUAUGAUAGGCCUUAUGAGGAUUCCUCACAACAUUACUACGAAGGAGGUAGUUCACAGUAUGGACAGCAGCAAGAGACUUACCAGCAAGGGCCCCCACAGCAGCAAGGUUACCCUCCUCAACAGCAACAGUAUCCAGGGCAACAGGGCUACCCAGGCCAGCAACAAGGUUAUGGCCCAUCUCAGUCAGCACCAGGACAGUAUCCUAGUUAUUCCCAAGGUCAGGGACAGCAGUAUGGAGGAUAUCGGCCUCCACAGCCUGGUCCACCACAGCAGCAACCACAAAGACCUUACGCUUAUGAUCAGGGGCAAUAUGGGAAUUAUCAGCAGUGAAGCAGAAGUUAAGGUUCCACAAGCCAAUCCUCUUGGCAGCUAUGUUCAGCCCCCUGGACUGGAAUGGUUCCAAUGACGAGAGUCAAUUUUCAUCUUUUAUCUUUUUUAUUAGCUCUUGCCUUUCUGCAUUCAUAAUCUGGAACCAAUAAUAAAUAUCCAUUUAUAUAGGUUAAACCUUACUCAAUAUUGACAACACUUGGGUGGGGCUGAACAUGGUUCUUUAAGUGGAAUAGAGUGCAUUGCUCUAAAAACAGAAACAAAUGGUCAGUGGCCUGACCCAAUAAAUCAGUCAAUGUGUUUACUUAAUUAAGCCAGGUCAACUCAAUGUUACAGCCAUUGCAGAUGUUUCAUAGCUGUCAUUUGUAAUAUUUUUUAUUUGUGUAAAUCUGUGAAAAUACAGUUAUUCUAUAAAACAGUGAUGUAGUAAAGUUGAGAUUGAAUACUUUAAAAGCAGUGAUGCCUUAAGUGUAAUGUUGAAUAGUUUUUGUUAAUACUUGUUUAAUUCUUCAUAUCUGUAUCCCAAAGACAAACUGCCUUAUUUUUUGCAUCUCACAUUGUACAUAUGUUUCCAUUAUUAUUACUGUUCUGUGAAAACAAAAAUGACACCCUCCACAAACAUGAGUUUUGGUUCAAGUGCAAUGUUUUUUAUGAAGCAAUAAUUGAAAGAAUGGUGUAACAUUAAGUUUAUCUAGCAUCAAGAAACAAAAUAAUUGUGAAAGCUAAACAUGUUUUAGCUAGGUAAAAUAUUUGUUGUAAAAAUGUAUUUUAAGCUUUUAGAUUAAUUUGUAUUGUAAACAAAUUGGUAUUUAGCUUAGGACAUUUUGUUAGUUAUUUCUGUAAUAAUAGAAAAAUCAGGACUGGUACCUUAAACGUACUCAUCUAUUUUUGAAAAGAGCCAAAUUUUAAGAACCCACGUACACGAUUUGUUUUUUGUGGGUGACUUUGUUAAAUCUGUAAUAUGAAAUUCGGAUCUCUUUGUGGCAAAAUAUUUUUUGGUACAAUAUAGUAGUGUGUGUGAAAUAAAUGAGGUGGGUUACAUUCUGCUGUGUUUCUGGGGUUAUGAUGAACAAUGUAUCAAAAAUACAAAAAACUAGUCCUCACUUUUAGGGAAAAAAAAUUAUUAAAAAAAUGAGGAUCUAAAUUUAUAUUGCUCAGUAAAAAUGCCUGAGUUUAUAGUCUUUUGCUUUUAUGCAAAAUCAAAUUAUUUGGUUUUAGAAGUCAUUUGGAAAUAUUGUUUUCUGCUCUAAUAAGCAUUGUUUAUUUUAAGAAGCAUUUAACUUUUAUUUUUGUAAACAUUUUUAUUGAGUAAAUAAUUGGAUCUACAUGCAAAACUGCCUUCUGAUGUUACCUCAGUCAUUUGGCCACAGGCAUUUUUCAAAUAAAAAUGUGUUUUCAAAACACAACACUGGAUCUGUCAGCCACUCUUGGUCUCUGGGAUACACAUCUCUAGGGUAGAUGAACUUGAUAUGAGAAAGCUUUACGGCUGCUGUACAUUCAUUAAUGUCUGACUUGGUGCCUUCCUGCCAUGUAACUCUCCUUCAUUACAGAGGGAGGUUUCAAAACAUUUUGUUAGCGACAGCCAUAGAAGGCUGUUAAAGUGCUGUCCUUAUUAAAGAUGCACAGAGGUCGUCUCAGUAGCCGGAGGCACCAAACUGAUUCCUUUUUUCCUUUGAAUUGUCUAUGGUGCCAAGAGUGCUGGGACUUUACCAAUUUAUAAGAUUGAAUUAGCGUAUCUGAGCCACAGUGGUGUAUCAAAAUAUUAUCUCCCGAGACAGGAAGGGUGUUGCUCUCCGGGGCAGAAGAAAACCUACAUUCUUACUAGAAAGACGGCUUCACCGGCAGUGGCUCUAGAAGAAUUGUCUUAGUUACUGUUUCUGUAGAUGUAAAUCCAUGUAUAUGUACACAGGGAUUGUGUUUUGUUUAAAGGUGUAGGAUUUUAUUUAAUUAAAGGGCAUGCCAACUAUGUGAAUCCUUUAGUUGCUUUUCUGUUACCUUUUCUUAAAGGAUGAAGAAGUAAUGCUUUUGGCUUUACAGUUUGUUGAAUACGUGUGUAUCCAGGACCACCAGUGCUUGCAGGGAAUGUGCCAACUAUCACCACUGUGGGGUGUUUCCCAUAAAUAUGUAAAGCUGUACAUCACUGGAUUUUAGAGGAAUAAAUUAUUGUGAUUUUAA